AUGAGAAUCAGUAUUUUAAAAUAUGUUUUUUUGUCAAUUAUUAUUUGUUCUUUGAAGCAUUCCAAAAAUGAAUCAUACAAUGUAAAUGAGAGAAACAUAUAUCUUGAAAGGAAUAUAAUAAAUUUUAGAAAUAAUAGGGCAUUAGCAGAUGUAGACUAUCAAUUCGAUUUAAAUGAUUUUUAUGAAUCAAAUUCGGGUUUUCCAAAUCAACUUAAUGGCCGCAAUGUUGAUGAUAAAGGAAAUAUAUAUCUUCGAAAUAUUAGAGAUUCACAUAUAAAUAACCAUAAUGAAAGUACUGCGCUACCAAAUUUAAAUAAUGAAUAUGAGGACGCGAACAUGUUACUUCAAGAAAUGCGAAAAGAAUUAGAAGAAACACGAAAAGAGCUUGAUAAUAUAAGGAAUAGUAAAUUAGCAAUACAACCGAUACCAGAUAAAAGAGUAAUAAAAAAAAAUGAAAACAACUCUGUACAAGAAUAUCAGGGCGUUAAACAAAUGGAAAAUUAUGAGCAUAUUUUGGAGACUCAAGAUAAAUAUAAUGAAAAUUCAUCAAGUAAUAAUCAUAAUGGAUUCGGAAUUAAUCAAAAUUUAAAAGAAACAAAUAACACGUCACUUAAUGUGUCGAAUAGUGUAAGAGAUGAUUUUAUGACAAUAGCAUCAGAAUUAUGUCAAGUAACAAAGCUAAUUGUACCGUAUAUAAUUUCCUUAGCUAAGAAAUCUUGGAGAGACUUUAAAUUUAAAUUAAAUUUCAUAAACAUGCCAUAA